AUGUACCAAAAUUUUCAGUACCUCAGCUUUUCACAGAGGAAAUUUUUUAUCAAAAGUUACCAAGCGAUGGUGUUUUGUCGUUUGUAUGCAAUGCAAACAGGGAUGAAGAUUGAUAGUAAAACCCCAGAAUGCCGUAAAUUUUUAUCCAAACUUAUGGAUCAGUUGGAAGCUAUGAAAAAGCAAUUUGGUGAUAACGAAGCAAUUACUCAGGAAAUUGUUGGUUCUGCUCAUGUGGAGAACUAUGCUUUGAAAAUGUUUUUGUAUGCAGACAAUGAAGACAGGGCUGGGCAAUUUCAUAAAAACAUGAUAAAGUCCUUUUAUACUGCAAGUCUCCUGAUAGACGUUCUAACAGUAUUUGGGGAGCUCUCUGAAGAGAACGCCCAGCACAGGAAGUAUGCCAGGUGGAAGGCAGCAUACAUUCAUAACUGCUUGAAGAACGGAGAGACUCCUCAGCCAGGGCCUAUCGGAAUGGAAGGAGAGAGCUUCGAUGUUGAAAGGGAAGAAGCAGGGUCAUCUUCUUUCCAUAGUGGAACAACUCAACCAACAUCAUCAUCUACGUAUGAAGCUAACAACAUACCAACUAGUAAUUACACUGGCAUACAUAUACCACCAGGUGCCCAUGCACCAGCCAACACUCCAGCUGAAGUACCUCAUAACACAGGAGUGACAAGUAACACCAUUCAGCCUGCUCCUCAGAAUAUUCCUCUAGUUGAUCCUUCCCUUUACAGUGCUCAGUCUGCAGGGGAAGUCCGUUUGACUCCAGAGGACUUUGCCAGAGCUCAAAAAUAUUGCAAAUAUGCUGGCAGUGCUUUGCAAUAUGAAGAUGUGAGCACUGCUGUGCAGAAUCUACAGAAGGCCCUCAAGUUACUGAUUACGGGCAGAGAAUGAAGCCUUUAUCUGACAGAUUCAUGUCUUUUGCCUAAAGAACUAACAGUUUAUUACUGUACCUGUUAGGGGAGUGGAGUUAUACAGAAGUCCUCAAUCCCAUCACCCAUGACAAUGAAAUCACUGUUUCAGUGUCAGAUUAGCAAUUAAUGGUACAGUAGGAAUCUCUGUUUUCAUUUUACAAACAGUGGAGCUAGAAACAUACCAAUGCAGUGGCUUGAUGUAAGCAAAAUACUGAAGAAAGUACUGUGAGCACUGCCCAAGAGUUAGAAUUCAUCUUGCAAUAUUUAGAUUAUCAGAAUGGGAAAAUGCUGAAUCUGUAAAAAAACUUGAGUAUAAGAAUGUUCUGCUAAAAUUCUUACUCUGAUUUUAUUAUUUCAAACAAUUAUUUAAUAAUAGCUUUAAAAUGGUAACUAAGAUUAGUGCUUUCCUCCUGAAAUGAGAGCAUGUGAGAAGGCUGACAGAUCCACUGUGGGAAGGACUUUUUUCUAUACAUAAAUUAUUUGGGUAU